AUGUCAACAGAACCCCCACCAAAAAAAGACUGGUCCGCAACCCAAUACCUCAAAUUCAACAACGAGCGCCUCCGCGCCGUCUACGACCUCGUCUCUCAAAUCCAACCCAACAUCACCAACAAACCCAACCCGCGUAUCUACGACCUCGGCUGCGGACCCGGAAAUAGUACAAAAGUCCUCCUCGAUGCGUUUCCCUCUGCGCGCAUCACAGGCAUGGACAGCAGCCCCGACAUGUUGAAAAAGGCCAAUGCGGAGUUUGACGGAAAGGACAGUGUAGAUUUCACACGAGGGGAUCUAGCGACGUUCAAAGCAGAUGGAGACGUAGAUGUAUUGUUCAGCAACGCGGUAUUCCACUGGCUCCGGUCUUCCGAACGCAUUCCCACGCUCGCGCGCCUCUUCUCCUCGCUGAAAAGCGGGAGCGUAAUAGCGAUCCAGGUCCCGGAUAACUACCACGAGCCGUCGCACCGGAUGAUGCGUGAGACAGCCCUCCAAUCUGGAAAGCCUUGGUCGGACUCCUUCGCGGAUACGCAGAUUGGCGAUUUGAAGGAUACGUCAAGGCCGGAUUUGGAUCCUAUUGAGGAGCCGAGUGCGUUUUAUAAUGCGUUGGUGGGACAGGCGAGUUUGGUUAAUGUGUGGAGGACUAAGUAUAUGCAUGUGCUCAAGGAUGCGGGCGCGAUUGUGGAGUGGGUCAAGGGAACGGGGUUGCAGCCUUAUUUGAAUAGGAUUGAGGGGGAGGAGGCGAAGAAGGCGUUUUUGGAGGAGUAUGAGAGGGGGCUGAGGGGUGAGUAUCCGGAGUUGGUGGAUGGGAAGGUGCUUUUGGGAUACCCUAGGUUGUUUGUUGUUGCUGUGAAGAAGUAG